AUGAGUGAGCUUCUGGAGUAUAUACUAUCACAUGAAGAUGCUUUCAGAAAAAACCGUCUCCCAUCCCUAUAUUCCGACUUUGCCAUCCAGAAGAAUACGAACCCGGACGGCUAUGCCGUCAAUGUUGCUGCCUGGGAGAAGGCGCUUGUAGACGCCGCGCGAAACGGACGGAUAGCCAGCUCCACUGGUUUUGGCCGAGGGUCGACAGGCGGACGCAAGAAACGGGACCAUCUUGUGCUGAGCGCGGAUGACAAUCUUUUGCGAGAUCUUAAGAUUCCAGAAUGGGGGAAGCCUGUGGCACUUGGUAGUGUUUUUGACGAAGCUAUCCAGAAACGCAGCAUGGUUCCAGUUCAGCUGUACAAAAGCAGCUCGUACAGUCUGAACAGCAGUCGUUGGAGGGUGAUUGACCCUGGGGCUCUGAAUCCGUGGAAUAUGAUGAACUGGGGUCUCAGGCAGCUGAAAGGGCUCCUGGUUGGACCUGAUAAUGCGGCUACGUCGCCAAAGUUUCAGGUUCAGAAGUUGGUUUUGGUGGAUAAUCUCAAGGAAGCAGCAAAUCGAAUUGUGAAGCAAGCCUUGAGCGGCACCUCGUCGCGUUUGGACCUUAUUUACUCGAAGGAAAAGUUCUUUAAUGAUUUUGGCACCGUGCUAGAUGCGGAGACUGAGCUCUCAGACGCAGACUUCGACGUUUUGCUGUUGUAUCUAUCCAGGGACAUCAAUGCCAUUGCUUACGAUGGGAAGACGAUCAAAUUCCGGUCUGCGGAUGAUACCUCACCUAUCACACAACAAGAUACCACGAUCGCAUCCAUGAAGACAUUAAUAGCCAACUUGUCCAAGCAAGUUGCCAAUCUGGAACGGAAAAUCAGCGAAUUGAAUGCUGCUGCCAUUGCCGCCCUCAACAACAAGAACAAGGUCUCAGCCCUUUCCGCGCUGCGGUCGAAGAAACUCGCCGAGAAGAACUUGAAGCAUAGAUUGGACACACUCGCCCAGCUCGAGGAAGUAUACUCCAAAAUCGAGCAGGCCGCAGACCAGGUAGAGAUCGUCCGCGUCAUGGAAGCCAGCACAGGCGUCCUCCGAGGUCUCCACGCUCAAGUCGGCGGGAUCGAGAAAGUGGAGGACGUCGUCGAGGAGCUGCGCGAGGAGAUGUCCAAGGUCGACGAGAUGGGCAACAUCCUCAACGAGGCCGGCCCCGUCAUCGACGAGACGGAAAUCGACGACGAACUCGAGGCGCUGGAGAACCAGCAGCGUCGGGAGAAGGAAGUGAAGGAGGCGGAAGCAACGCGGAAGAAGUUGGCGGAGCUCGACAGUGUGGAACAAGCCGCCAAAGAAGCAGCUGCUCGCAGAUUACCUCCUGAGACUAAUAAUAUGAACCCGCCAGAGGCUGAAGAAUCGGCGUUGUUGGCAGAGAGCAUUGGAAAGCUCUCUAAUAUGUCUUUGGAAGACACCGCUGAGGCCUCGAGUCGAAAAGACAAAGAACAACUUUUGCAGGCAGAGUGA